UCUGUGGUGCAUGUUAAAACUCAAUGUUAAAAAAUGUCUAUGGUGAUCAUGAAUUACGGCAGGAUAAAUCUAUAAUUUGUGACUCAUAACACUGAGAUAAGCAUUAAACUUAAUCGUUAAUGUCGAAAAAUAUUGUUUUUGAGGGCUGGCUGACCAAAUCGCCACCCUCCAAGCGCAUAUGGAGAACGAAAUGGCGGAGAAGGUGGUUUGCUUUGCGGCAGUCUGGGGAGCUCCCAGGGCAGUACUUCUUAGAUUACUAUGCGGACCGGAAUUGCAGGCGGCUCAAGGGCACCAUCAACUUAGAUUUGUGUGAACAAGUUGAUGCUGGUUUGCAUAUGGAACGUACGGGUGGCAAUAGUGCAUUAAAUCCGAAGCUGCGCGGUUCAGUGUUCACCAUACAAACCCAGUCACGGACAUAUCACCUGGAAGCCGAUUGUGAAACAGACAUGGAGAGAUGGGUGGAUGCUAUCUGCCGGGUCUGCGGCCUCCGGGCUACUGAAGAUACUUCAGAGGAAAUAGUUACACACCCACCUAUUACGAGUGCUCCAGCGGCACAAUAUGAACUAGCUGAUUCCACUGGGCCCUACAUCCCUAUAUCUGAAUGUAUCACUGGAGUGCGAGCACAGGAUUCGCAAAGAGCUUUUACCUUCGAUGCUAAGAACAUUGUCACAAGUGCAAGGACGCCGCUUGAGAGGGUAGCCGACAAUCGCGACAAUCAGAUGUACAUUAGUCAGCCCCAAAUUCGGCUCCAUAACGCAGAUCUGUCAGAGAACGAGUCAAAUCUGAGUGAGGAGGAGUGCCGGUCACUCAAUGCUAGUCAAUCCAACAUACGUGACUACUCAGUCGCAAAAUCUUUCACAAAACUCUCAAUAAAUCGGGAAAAGAAUGGAGGUUACGAAGACGGACCGCCAGUGCCGCCUCGUCCUCCGAAAACGUUUGCUUUAAGCAAAGAAAUGUUUACAAAAGAAAUUCCUCCUACACCUAAAAUUCAGGAACCAGUAGUGGACCCUCAAGAUCCCCAGACGUCCGGGACCCGGCUUCAAUCGCCACGGCGCAUGUCCCACGGCGCCGCGCCUCCGACGUCGCCGGUGCGGCCCAACCAUUCCGUCGGCGGUUCUUGGCGGGAUGACGACGAGGACAUACAUAUACCGCAGUCGCUACAUUACUACAACUUGGCCAACCUUCCACCAGCGGUGGACCGCGCGUUGAAGCCGCGGCCUGCACCCAACCCUGCAUCCCCUAACUAUUCAACGCAAGGCGACAGCGCAUCGACUUUCACGCGUUUCUUACCCCGUGAAGAGAUGAAAUCUGACGUACUCCAGUACCUGGAUUUGGAUCUUCUGCCUAUAUCUGAUUCUGCCAAGCCGAACGACACAAAGAAGGUAGAAAUAGUCCAUGGCAAGUCGUUCUCGGCUGCGGACGCGGACUCCGCCUAUAAGACCGUGGACUUCCUCAAGACCGAAGCUUUCAACAUCACGCGCCAGGACGCAGAGGCCUCAAGAAACAAUUAUUGACCCAUAACGUAAAUUAUUAUAAAAUUGUUUCUGUUGUCAAGCACAGCUUGCAGAUUUAUUUUCUCGUCUCAGACGAUGUUACCUUGCAAGGUUUCUAUAUUCCGUUAACCCUUAGAGUUCGCUUAUUUCUAGGGCACUGCGUUGAUCAUGCAAGACAAUUAAUUAAUUUAUUUUAUUACAUUACAAAGACGCAAUUAUUCACUACUCUUACUUAUAAAUCACAACUCUUGCACAUCACAUACGUAGUUAUUUAAAUAUAACCUUAACUUUAAAUCGCAUUUUUAAUAAUUGCUAUCUUUAUCGUUUCUUAAUAAUUGUCGAAUAUAGAAACCGUGCAAAUGAAUGUAUUUUUUAUUUUAAUCAACUAAAGGCAUUUAUUUUAAUAUUUUGUUGAUUAUUAUGCGCAUUUAUAUUAUGUUGAUACUUAGUUGUGCACUGAUUUGAAUGUAUUAUCGCGAAUUUGGUAAAAUUUCCUCCAGAUUUGAGAGGCUUGUUUCCAACGAGUCAGUCACACCCAAACGAGCAACACUGUUAGGUACUCGUUGGAAAAAAAAACCCCAUCCAGUCACACCCUUACUCGUUAACCUGAAUUUUCUUACUGUAAGAUUUAUUACUAAAUUAUUUAAAUUUUUAAUGUAUUUUUACAUUGUUUCUUUACAAUGAAAUCUCUUUUAUCUUUAUUUUAAAGGUACUUAAUGUGUGUGAUCAGUAGCAGUACUGGAUGGGAUUUUUUUCCUAACGAGUAACAGUGUUACUCGAUUGGGAGUGACUCGUUAGGACCAAGCGAUUUGAGCUUGAUUGUUUUUGAUGAAAUUCACUCAGAUGACUCCAAACUCGAGGUGAAAUCGACCCAAGGACAGUGGCAUCACAAUGUAUUGUGUAAGUUUUUCUAAUUCUUCCUAAAAUCGACUGAACCUCGAGUGUGACUUGUCAUCUAAGGGUUAAGUAGAAUAGUUACUUGAGUAUUCUGCAAUUCCUAAGUAAAUUCAAUCGAAACUGAAACUGUCCAAGAAAAGACGAGUGUAUUUGUAUCCAAUCAUAUUCCACGUAUUGCAUGACUGUAAAACUUAUAUUAUUUUCGCUGCAUAUUAUUCUUAUUUCAGUUCCACACCACAUUACUCUGAGAACUAUAUUUAAAUUUGUUUUGAUAAUUGAGUAUCGAACAUGGAAGACUCAGUAUUAUUUCAUUUAUCAAUCUUUCAAUUAUCACAAUUUUUAAAUACAUUUAUCUCCUUUUUUUAUAUAUUAAUAUCAAAUGAUGUUCCGUCUCCGAUACUUAUGUAAGAUUGUUGUUGUUAUGCUGUAUUAAUUUUAGUAUUAUUUACAUACAUUUCAAUGUGUUUAUGAGAACUGUAGGUAGUAUGUGUAACCGUAUCUUGUAUUGUUCCUAUGUAUAUUGAAGGCUUUUCAUGACAGCUUUCCAUUGGUGUUUGCAGCAAGCAAUCUCGCAUGACAUGCGUAAUAUUGGCAAAGAGGUAAAUACAUGGCACCACCAGGUAAUAUUUUGAAAGAUUUGUAAUUUCCAACAUAUUAUUUUAUUGUCAACCAACAAUGGGGAUCCAAAAUUUAGUCCACUUGAAAAACCGCUUGCCAUUACUUCAGUAGUGCAAAAUCACCAAUAAAAGCAGCAUAAAUAAGAUCUAUUUCAUACAAAAAUAAAUGUAUAUAGUAAAAUGCACAGACAAUAUGUUUUUAUUAAAGACGAUAUUAACUAAGUGA